AUGCAGAGGAAGCUGCCUGCCAUCCAUUUCGUGCUCCUGUACGUCUUGGGCAUCCUUGAGCUGAUGGCCUUCCCUCUCUUGGGGGCAGGGACCUACUCGAUGUCCCCGGAUGAGAAGAUCUUGACCAUCCAGGCCUUGUUCUUUGGCGCCAUGUCGGGUGCCAUUGUAAUGACACUCCAGGUCAUCUACGAGCUCUGGAAGCCUUUCGGUGGUGCCUACACCGUCGACACGGCCCUGGAGAAGAUGGUGCAGGGGCUCGAGGAGGAGCUUCGCGUGCGGAAGCGCCUCUGGAAGCCAAUGAAUGGCGAGAUGUGGCCGCCCGGCGAACCUGAGCGAGCUCCGACUCAGGGCUGGCAGUCGUCUUCUCGGUGA